UGCAACAUGGAAAAAUCCAAACUCAAAAAUCUAAAUUCACCCUACUCAACUGAAGUUUUUGAUUCUGACCAUGUUUUUCAUUCUGAUAAAGUUCCUUACUUUGAAACAGUUUUGAGAGAAAAACAAGAUGUAAUGGUUGGAAAACAAGUAGAAGACAUCAAAGAAACAGUUGAGAAAGAACACAAAAAUGAGUUGAUGUUAAAGGUUUUUGAGUCCUUCACUUCAAUAAAGGAUUCAUUAUCUAGAGUAAAAGAAGGGUUAGAGUUAGAGGGAGAAAAAGAUGAAACUUUCGAUAAAGAAAUGGUUUAUGUUGAACCAGAAUUACGUGAUGAAUCAAGGGUGUUUUUGGAAGAAGCAAGGUUGAUUUCAAGGCUUGCAUUUGAGGUAGAAACAAAGGUUGAAAAAUAUAAGGAGUUAGUGAAAAAGGAGAAGAGAGAGUUGGAGAAUAGUUUGAUAAGUUUAACUGAGGAGAAUAGGGAUAUUAAUAACUUGCUUAGGGUAGCUUUGUUAGAGAAAGAAGCAUUAGAGAAGAGAAUUAAAGGACAUGAUCAUAAAAGAAAGCCCCUUUUGCAGUUUGCUGAAUUUGGAUUGCAGAAAGUUGGAUUUGGGUUCAUGAUGGGAGGUGGAAAUAGUAAUGAGCAAUCAACAGAAAGUGCUUCUGAGGGUAACAAAUCAGAUGGCAGUGAUUAUGAAGUUGAAGUUGUUAGUUUGGCCUCGACAGUGGAAAGGAUGAUGAAGAAUCUGCGUCUUGAAAUCACUCAAUUGAGACGAUCUUUGGAAGAAUCUAGAUCAGACGCAGAGCGCCUCCAAUGUCUCACAGAGAAACAAACCAAAGAGAUUGAAGAAAAUAAACUCUACAUCAAAGAGUUAGAAGAUAGAGAAAGAAUCUUGGCUCAAAAUGUAGAGGAGUUUUUGAUUGAAAGCAAAGAAGCAGAAGCAGAAGUAGCUAGAUGGAAAGAAGCUUGUGAAUUAGAAGUUAAAGCCGGAAAGAAAGAUAUUGAAGAGCGUGACAAAAUGGUUGCUGCAUUGAAACAAGAACUACAAAAAACAAAGGGUGCUUUGGACAUAUCCAAUGGAAAAUUAAGACUUAAAGAAGAACUAGCAAUGACUGCAAUAGCAGCACAGGAAGCGGCAGAGAAGUCUUUGCAGCUAGUUGAUAGUAGAGGAGUUGAACUUCGUCGGCGGAUUGAAGAGCUAAGUAGACAACUUGAGGAAGCAGAGAAACGUGAACGUAAUAGUCGUAAAGUGAGACGUAUAUGUUGGCCAUGGCAAGUUUUUAGAUUGAGUUCUAGCAAUAUUGCAGACACUAGAAUUGGAAAUGCUAAAAGGAUGCUACCAGAAAUGCAAUCCUUUCUUCAAUAAAAUGUAUAAUAUAACAUUUUUCCAGUUGAAUCAUCUUAAACUCAGGUUUUUUCUGUUUAAAAGUGGGAUAUUUUAUAGUUGUUGACAUGAUGUAUUUUGAACAUCAUUCGCACCUGAUUAACUUAUAAUCAACUAGCCAUUUUGUAAUUCAAUGAAUUAGCUUAUCGUUAGGGUACUAAAAUAAAGUGCUUGAAAGCCA